AUGGUUGCAGGUGGGGGUAGUAUGGGAGGAGGGGUUUCCGCACAGGCGCAAUGGGCAGGCACACCGUCUAUCAAAGGCUCGUCCGAGUCUGUCAAGAUGGCGCUGUUGACGCUGUCGCUCGUUGGCCUCCAGGUCACCUGGAAUGUUGAAAUGACAUACUGUACGCCGUACCUUCUUGAACUGGGCUUGACGAAGUCCAAGAUUUCCCUCGUUUGGGUCGCCGGACCGCUAUCUGGCCUUAUCAUGCAGCCCAUUGUCGGCGUUGUCGCGGAUAGAUCUAAGAGCCGUUGGGGUAGAAGACGACCGUUUAUGAUUUUUGGUACCGUUCUAGUAUGCCUCUUUCUGCUGCUGCUUGGGUUCACGAAAGAGGUGGUGCACCAUUUCAUCCCGGACAAGGAGGCUGCGAAAAGCGCCACGAUCAUUCUCGCAGUUCUGAGUAUCUACGGAAUCGACUUCGCAAUCAAUGCUGUACAAGGGAGCUGCAGAGGCCUCAUCGUGGAUACGCUUCCGAUUUCGAAGCAACAAAACGGGAGCAGCUGGGCUAGUAGGAUGGUCGCUGUGGGGUCGCUGGUGGGAUACGCUGCCGGAGCUAUUGAUUUGAAGAGAGUCUUUGGCCCGAUGCUUGGAGACUCGCAGUUCAAGCAGUUGACUUCCGUGGCAGCGCUGUGUCUCUGCGUCACUGUGGGUAUCACUUCUUGGGCAGUAACUGAGCGCGUCCUCAUCCACGACGGCAAAGAGGAGGGGGAAGACUUUGGUCCGCUUCAUGUUCUCUCCGAGAUUGCACACACCGCCACGAAUCUACCUCGGAGCAUACAAGCCAUCUGUUAUGUUCAAUUCUGGGCAUGGAUUGGUUGGUUCCCUUUCCUCUUUUAUUCUACCACCUGGGUAGGUGAGCUGUGGUUGCGCUACGAUGCCCCUGCAGACGUUAAGGCCGCUGGUGACUUGACGGGCCAGGUCGGACGUGUUGGCUCCAUGGCAUUGAUCGCAUUCUCGAUCAUUACGUUCGUUAUGUCCGUGAUACUGCCUUUCUUUGUCAAGAGUCCGGACGAGGAAGGUCCUGGUUUCACACCGCGUCCACCUGCGAGCAUUGCAGGGUUUGUCACUGAGUUCGAGAAGUACAAGCCUUCUUUGCUUACGACUUGGACGAUCUCUCAUUGCAUCUUCGCUGGAUCCAUGAUCAUGGCACCGUUCGUCCAGUCGCUAAGAAGUGCGACUAUCAUAGUUGCUGUUUGCGGAGUUUCGUGGGCCAUCGCCUGCUGGGCUCCUUUCACGUUCCUGGGUGUAGAGAUUAAUCGUCUUUCUCAUACCGGCCACUCGUAUGGGCAUCUUGGGCGUAACUCGGUUGAGCUUGAGUCGCCGGUGCAGCUGCACCUCAAUCAUGGUCUUGAGGAGGCCUCUGGGUCAACCGGAGAAAGCUCCGGCAAGUACCUUGGUAUCAUGAACCUGUAUACAACACUGCCCCAAUUCGUCGGCACAGGUAUCUCAUGGGUUGUGUUUUCGCUGCUGGAACCGGGCAAAAGUCCGGAACUCUCGACAGAGAGUGAUCCAUCAGAGCACCAUUCAACAGACGGACCGAACGCUAUUGGAGUGUGCCUUUUCAUCGGCGCAGGCGGCGCUAUGUUGACGGAGGCGAUGCAGCGAAAGUUUUUCUUCGGUCGAUCCGCUUUGUUCUAG